AUGUAACCAAGCUAACAAGUUCAUCUUCCAGCUAGCUUAGCCUAACGCCGAGUAAGCUUUGCUUUGUCACUGAGUGCAACCUUGCAGUUAGAUGCUUGUGCACCUUAUGGACAGUUCCCCAAAUAACCGAUAACUUUUAUUUGCCCAAAACAGAGUAGGAUAUUCGUAGAUUUAAUAUUCUUUCAGCAAGUAAUUUAUCUCGAAAAGCUUAGUAAGCUAACACGGCUAGUUAAAUGGUAUGGUGGUUAGCUGCUUAGCCUAGCAUUUCAGUAUUAGCUAGUCCAUAGCUAGCUGAUUCAGCAAAACCAAAAUAAAACAAAGCCGGAAAACAUGUCCUGUGCAUGCACUUCGGCGGCACGACUGCUUAUAAAUUCAACCCACAAAGGGUUCUCAAGUUCCAGAGUUCAGCUGCUCUCUCUGAGCCGAACAGCGACUCACGAACUCCGACUGUCACGAAGUGUCCCAGUCAGACCCUUCUCAGAGUCAUCUGUGUAUUAUGCGUCUAAAGACGGAAUGAAGGAUGGCGAUGGGGGAAAGAAAUCUGUGAGUGAAGGAAGUGGCAAAAGAUCUGGCUCGGGCAACUCGGGAAAGGGCGGCAGUCAGCUACGUUGCCCCAAAUGUGGAGAUCCCUGCACACACGUGGAAACAUUUGUUUCCUCAACUAGAUUCGUCAAAUGUGAAAAAUGUCAUCACUUUUUCGUGGUGCUCUCCGAAACAGACACUAAGAAGAGUCUGAAUAAAGACCCUGAAUCAGCUGCUGAAGCUGUAAAGCUGGCCUUCCAACAGAAACCCCCACCACCCCCAAAGAAGAUCUAUGCCUAUCUCGACAAAUAUGUUGUGGGUCAGGCCCAUGCAAAGAAGGUGCUGUCGGUGGCUGUGUACAACCACUACAAGCGCAUUUAUAACAACAUGCCAGGUGGCACUAGACAGCACCAGGCGGAGGUGGAGAAGCAGGCCUCUCUCACACCCCGAGAGCUAGAGCUAAGACGUCGGGAGGAUGAGUACAGAUUCACAAAGCUGCUGCAGAUUGCAGGGAUCAGCCCCCAUGGUAAUGCUUUAGGCGCAUCCAUGCAGCAACAGGUGAACCAGCAGGCCCCUCAGGAAAGAAGAGGAGGUGAUGUGCUUGACUCCCCUCACACUGACAUCAAGCUGGAGAAGAGCAACAUCGUAUUGCUAGGCCCCACAGGCUCUGGUAAAACUCUUUUGGCCCAAACUCUGGCCAAGUGCCUGGACGUCCCUUUUGCGAUCUGUGACUGCACUACCCUCACGCAGGCUGGCUAUGUGGGCGAGGACAUUGAGUCGGUCAUUGCCAAGCUGCUGCAGGAUGCCAACUACGUUAUCGAGAAGGCUCAGCAGGGCAUUGUUUUCUUGGAUGAAGUUGACAAAAUUGGCAGUGUGCCUGGGAUCCAUCAGUUGAGAGACGUGGGUGGAGAAGGUGUGCAGCAGGGAUUGCUCAAACUCCUAGAAGGCACUAUUGUGAACGUUCCUGAAAAAAACACCAGGAAGCUGAGAGGAGAGACUGUACAAGUUGACACUACGAACAUCUUAUUCGUAGCGUCUGGUGCUUUCAAUGGACUGGAUCGUAUAAUCAGCAGAAGAAAAAAUGAGAAGUACCUGGGCUUCGGAGCACCAUCUAGCCUGGGGAAAGGACGGAGGGCAGCAGCUGCAGCCGAUGUGGCUCACAUGACUGGUGGAGAGGUGGAUGCCGUGGCUGAGAUCGAAGAGAAGGACCGACUCCUGAAGCAUGUUGAGGCUCGUGAUCUCAUAGAAUUCGGAAUGAUACCCGAGUUUGUGGGUAGACUGCCUGUGGUGGUGCCGCUUCACAGCUUGGACGAGGACACGCUCGUCCGCAUCCUGACUGAACCCCGCAACGCUGUGGUGCCCCAGUACCAGGCCCUCUUCGGCAUGGACAAGUGUGACCUCUCUGUGACCCCUAACGCUCUGCGGGCUAUCUCUAGAAUGGCGCUUGAACGGAAGACAGGAGCCCGAGGUCUUCGGUCGAUAAUGGAGAAGCUGCUACUGGACCCCAUGUUUGAAGUCCCUCACUCAGACAUUGUAGCCGUGGAAAUAAACGAGGAUGUGGUAAUGGGAAAAACAUCGCCUCAGUAUGUAAGAGCCCCGACUAAAGAGACACCAGAGGAGGAGUACGACUCAGGAAUAGAAGAAGAGAACUGGACCAGGUUGCAGGUUGAUGCAGCCAAGAAUUAGUACAAUCAAUAUAAUGAUGUUUAAGUUUCUUAUUUAAGCUCGUGAUGAUGACCUGUUUCAGUCCAUUACAUGAUUAUACAACACUUCAGGGGGCUUGUGUAGAAACAGGAACUCAGCCCUCCCUAUAAGACCUGUCCUAAUGAUUUUGUAAGCUGUAAGUUACAGUGUGGUACAGUAUGUUGCAUAUAUUCUAAAUUUCGUGAAGAAAACUGUUUAAGAGAAAUGUACUGAAUUAUCUAAACCUCAGAGAGAGGGAUUGUUAAUAUGAAAUGUAAAAAAAAAAAAAAGUACUUCUUUUUAAAAAAAAAUGAAGUUUUUGAUUUUUUUUUUUAUGAGGUCUUUUUUGAAUGCGAUAGGGAGAUAAAGGUCAUAAGUUGGCUUAGAAAGCAAACUACACAUCCAGGCAUUUUCCUUUACUGAUUAAACACACUGGUCAUAAUGUCACAUGCAGCAGUGUAAUUACAAUCGUUGAGGUAUUUUAAUUUGUUCCAUGUUAGUUCAGCUCCUUUGCAUCUAAUCACCCCAGAUGAGCUGCUUACCAACUCGCCUUUCUAAUGAGUCUGCCACAGACACGAUUUCUGUUUGAGCUGCAGGAUUUUUUUGCGCAUGGGAUUUCUUUUAGUAGCCUGAUUUCACUGAUAAACAAAGGUCUGAAACUGAACACUGCUGACUUGUUGGUCCUUUGUGAGUUGACAUUGAAAAUGUCUUCUUGCUACAACACAUUACACGGUUGCUCAGUUUAAAGUUACUUGCAUUCCAUUCUGCUCCACAACACACAACUCUCCUUUCUCGUGUAAAAGUUCACAACUCUAUUACAGCCUUAAAUCGCUUUCUUCCUCUGAACAGUUCGGUGUAGCACCACUCGUUCUGCAAUUUUAUUAAUAUAUGUGGAAUCACAGAGCCGAAUAAUCUUUUUGUUUUCUGUAUGGGCUGCGAAAACUUUUUGUAAAUUUCUGCUCAUCCUUAACAUCACAGUUAUUAGUUAUAUUUCCUACAAUUAGAAAACCUAAUACUUUUCAUUUUUCCUGUUCAAGCAGCACAAGGUAACACAUUUAAUAAUUUCACGUGUGGAACAGUAAACCAUUAGGCGUUCUGGGUGUGUGCCGGUGUAACUUCACUUUCUUAGUCAUGUCCAUCUGAUAAACAAGGAACAAAGAGCAGCUGUAUCAGCUACAAGCACAGUUUAGGUCGAAUCCUAUUGUUAAAUUAAUGCUGCAAAUCAUAGUCUUUAUGUGAAUUGUUUUAGACACCUGAUUCCUAAUCAGUCCUCUUACUCUGAGAUGCUUGAUUUAAACUUGAGGCCAGGCUUCAUCAGUCUUUUGUCUUGUUAAAUAUAUGGAUCAAUAAAACUCUUUGCUUUUCUAAUGAGCUCUGGAUAUAUUUCUCCCAUAUUAUUAUAUUGUAUUAAUGAAUAUAUUUUGCACUUCUGUGUAACUGAUGUUAUAAGAGCUGGUGGAACUGAACAAGACCAUAAAAGACUUGAUUAAAAUCAGGCUGUUAGUGUUAGUCUAUUAGGAUCUAAGAUAUUCUGCUAAAUAUAUGGUUUAUUUCUAAUUAUGCCGCAGGUUUUUUUUCUUUUCUUUUGACAAUGUUGUUUAACAGUCAAUAAUUUGGAACUAUGUCAAGUACACCAAGAGAGUUUUUCAUUAUGAGAAAUCACCUCUUUCAGUUUAAUGUUGCAACACUUGCCUGUUUGAAUUCUCAUAUUUUAUCAAGGAGCAUAAACAAUGUAAAUAUGGUUCUCAAAUAAAUAAAAUAAUCAUUUGGUGUU